UUAUAUCUUGGCCCCUCCCACCAGCCAAUAUGGCUACUGCUGCUGCUCCUGCUCUUUCAGUUCCACUGAAGUGGAUAUGUGUUAGCUGUAUCCCUGAGGUCAUUCUACAGGGACUCUAUACCACGUACCCUGUACUGGUCUCUUCGAUGCUCAUCAGGUGUAUUGUUAGUCUGGUACCAGCUCGCCAUAGCUAUUAUGAUGCCAUAGCUACAGUCCUUGGGUUAUGGACCCUGUGGUGGUACUAUGGAUACAGUACAGGGUAUUUCUUGAUAUUAUUGAUACUGGUGUAUCUACUGGUCACUGUGGGGUCCGUCGGUAAGAGAGGUAUUCUGGUGGGUGGAGUUUGUAUGGUAUUCAUUAUAAUGUGUGAGUUAUUAAUUGUCAGUUCAGCUGAAUGGCACAAAGUGAGAGGAUCAUUUCUUGUAAUGUCAAUGAAACUGGUAUCGUUGGCCUAUGAUAUUGAUACCAACAUUAACACUGCAGGGAGGGAUCAUAGGGGAGGAGGAGGAGGAGUUCCUUCAGUCAUUAGUUAUGUGUCUUAUGCAGUAUUUCCUGCUACAACUGUCUUUGGACCAUUUGUUACAUUCAAUGAUCACCUUCAGUAUACUAAUGGGACUCCACUGUCUUUGGGUUGGAUCUUUUGUGCUGUCAGAUCUUUGUCAAUGUCACUGCUCACACUCUCACUCUCAAUGUGUCUGUUUCCUUUCCUGUUUGAGGAACCAUUUUGGAACAAGUGGUUUGCAGCAUAUUCUGCAGCUGCUUCUUUCAGAUAUAGUCAUUAUUUCAUUUCCUUUCUGUCAGAGGCUACAGCUAUUCUCUCGGGUAUUGGAUAUAAAAUAGAGCCAGCUGGAACCAUCACUUGGUCAAAGUUUAGAGUAACAUAUCCACUGGAUGUGGAGGUCCCUCGCUCACUGGGCUCUCUCGUUAACUCAUGGAACAUUCCUAUGCAUGUAUUCCUUAAGAACUAUGUAUUCAAACCAGUUCUCAUUCGGUUGAACUAUGGAGGAGCAUUCUUCUUUACAUUUCUCACAAGUGCAAUGUUACAUGGUCUUAAUUUCCAGCUAGCAGCUGUGUUACUAUCAAUAGCUUUAUAUGCUUAUACUGAAAACAAGUUUAGAUAUAAACUAAGCAAGUUACUUGAUGCAUGUGUAAAGGACAGACCUUGCAGUCAUAACUGUUCUCAUAAACACAAAUCAAGUGUUCCGUGGGUCUUUGUCAUUAAUGUACUGAUGACUUCACUCACAAUAUUUCAUUUGUGUUACCUUGGGGUCAUGUUUGGAGGGGAUUCUGAAGAAAAUGUCUCAUCAAUUGAAGGAUAUUCAAUGAUCCAUACCUUGAGACAUUGGCACAAUUUAGGAUUCUUAAGUCAUUAUGUUACAUUUCUAACUCUUGCCAUCUCUUUCAUACUUUGAACCAUCUCCUUCAUGAUUCAUCAUUUCAACAUUCCAUUAUCAAUUCAUUUUGUCACAAAAA